AGUUUCUUGUUCUUCAUGCAGUUGCUUGGAGACUUUCGGCGCGGCUUCUUAAUUCCGAAAGAAUACCACUUUUUUUUUGCUAAUUUUCUUUUAUCAUCACUUUAUCAUCAAUUCAUUUGUUUAAUCAACGAAAUUACAAUUUUCAUCUUCGAACGGAAAGACAACUCUUUUUACCGAAAGCAAUAUCCAAUCUUUUUAUAUAUUGCUUUAUUAUCUACGUAUUACAAACGGUGUAUUUUCAAAUAGAAUAAAUAGACAAAAGAAGAAGAAGAAGGACAAGAGAAAGAAGAAAAAAGAAGAUAAGUGCUUUUCACGAUUUGUUCGACAAAUAUUAAUCCAAGAUUAAACGUAGUGUUGUGGUUUUGAUAGUGUUUUUUUGUACUAAUUGAUAACGGUCGACGGACGAUUAGAAAGAGAGAGAGAGAGAGAGAGAGAUGUCGGGUCUCGUGGAAUGGUAUAAGGAUUUAAUGUACAAUAGGAAUGAUCCGAGAACGAAAGAUUGGUUCUUGGUAUCGGGACCAGGUCCGAUAUUGACCAUCCUCAUUACCUACUUAUACUUUUCUCUAUCGGCCGGACCGAGAUAUAUGAGGGACAAAAAGCCAUAUAAUUUGAAGAAUACGCUGAUUGUUUACAAUUUUAUCCAAGUAUUGGUCAGCAUAUACAUCGUUUACGAAGGUUUGAUGUCAGGAUGGUUCCACCAUUACAGUUUUUAUUGUCAACCGAUCGAUUACUCGAACGAUCCAGUAGCAUUAAGGAUGACUCGAGGCGUAUACACGUACUUCGUGUGCAAACUGAUCGAAUUACUGGACACGGUAUUCUUCGUUCUACGAAAGAAGGAGAAGCAAAUAUCGUUCUUACACGUCUAUCAUCAUGGGAUAAUGCCUAUUGCCGCUUGGGUCGCCGUUAAAUGGCUUCCUGGUGGACACGGGACCUUGCUCGGCGUUAUCAACUCUUUCAUACAUAUCAUCAUGUAUACCUAUUACAUGCUCACUGCGUUUGGACCACAGAUGCAGCCCUAUCUUUGGUGGAAGAAAUAUCUGACGAGGUUGCAACUCUUGCAAUUCGUAAUAAUCGGCAUUCACAGCAGUCUGGUUCUAUUUAACGGUUGCAAUUUUCCAAAAUUCCCGAUUGUUCUCUUGAUCAUCAAUGCUUUUGUCUUCAUAUAUCUCUUCGGCUCGUUUUACGUUACCUCCUAUAUGAAAUCUCACAACGUUGAGAAGAAAUAUGAGCAAAACGAUAGUGAGAUAGUUAAAAAUAAAUCGAAUUGAGAAAGUGAAACUUGGAGUGGAAAAAAGAUUUAACAAGAGAAACAAUCUUUUCAAGGAUUAAACGUUGAGACAUAUAUGCGUGCCUAUUCGACGAGUACAUAUCGAACUUCUAAAAGGAUACUGUCACAACUUAAAGAUAUAAAACCAUUUUUAGGAGAAAAGAAAAAUCAAAUUAUAUUUUACUAGCUACGGCUAGAUCAGAAUUUCGAUAUUUUGGUAUAAUGAAGUUUAUAAUUAAAUGUUCUUACAUAAUAUUCCUUAAACACUAAUUAGCCAAGUAAUCUAUUAGUAUAGGACAACGAAAUCAGAUUAUGUACUGCUAGUCUACUGACUAACUUCGCGACGUUAUUCGUUUCGUACUUAGAUAUCGUUUCGUGCAUACCUUCUGUUGGUUGGACAUUUAGUUACGAUAAUAUUCUUUAGCGAUAUCUUAUAUACAGCAAGUAUGUCGAUUUAAUAUAUUUCGAUUGUACAAUAUCAAUUGGACAAUCAUUGGACAAUAAUUAAACGCAACUUUUUCUUUGCUCUCCUUGACGUUUCAUUGUUUUUUUAUCGCGACAAGUUUUCGUCAUGUCCAUCCUUUUCGCGAUCGGAUCGGAGAAACAAAGGAUAAUUCUACGAUACCAUUUCAUAGCCACACAAAACUUUUAAACGACAACCGGAGAUAUGUAAAUACCUCUAUUCUACCUACUCAUAUCCUAUAGCCUGCACGUCAUUUGUUUUUAAUCAGGAAGAAGCGAUGGCUACUAAAGUUAAGUAAUGGAGGAACGGAUUGAGCGAUGGGAAAGACGUUGCUCAUGACUGCUUAUGACUGUCAUUACUUAUUAUUAUUAGAAUACUCAACCUGACUUUGGCGUAACUUUACAAACGUAAAUAUAGAAAAAUAAAACUAAAGAGAAAAAAAGAAACGUUAAAAAAUCGUAUUGCGUUCAUCAAAUUGUCGAGAAAUUCUUUAUUUUACGCAAAUAGGAUGCCGUUUUGUAGUAGUUUUCUAGUGCCAGCCCAACUAGUGUAAGGAACCAUUGUACCGUUUAUUUCGUCGACACUUUCUUAAAGGUAUCUCCGGAUUCUGAUAUCGUUUCUCGUUUGUAUGUAUUUAUCUGUCUAUCUAUCAAUUAAUAAAUAUUGCAAAUUUUA